AUAUAUAUAUAUAUAUAUAUAGUUUCAUUUCCUCAUCACCACAAAUUCAUAUCCAUCGAGAGAAUUAAGACAAAGAAUUAACCAUGGCAUAUUCCAAAUCAUUUUAUGCAGUAAUUUUCUCAUGGGUUUUUAUGGGUUUAUCUCAUGGCAUUGAUCUCGAUAAAAAUCUGAUCAAUGCGCUUUUGGCUAGUGGUGUUGGUGAUGGUGAUGGUGGAAGCGGGGCUUCUGCAAUGUCAUGCAUGCAGAAACUAAUGCCAUGUCAACCAGCAUUGUCAUCGCAUUCGAAAAAUCCCCCACCAACUUGUUGUAUGCCAUUGAAAGAAAUGAUGACAAAUGAUGCAAAGUGUCUUUGCACUGUGUUUGGUAAUGCUGAUCUGAUGAAGGGUUUGAAUGUUACUCAAGAUGAAGCUUUAGAUUUUGCAAAAUCUUGUGGGGCUAAACCUGAUCUUUCCCUUUGCAAAAAUGCCGCUGCAUCACCUGGUUCAGCUGCAGCCCCAACUGCUCCCACUACUCCAGACACCAACAGUUCGGCUUCCAGUAACAAAACUGCAAGUCCACCAGCAGAGAGCACAGCUAGUGUGACAUCCAAACUUGGAGGAUUUGUGGCUAUUGCAUCCUUUUUAAGUUUAAUGAUGUUGUUAACAGUUUAAGGAUUUAUUAUAUUAAUUUGCUUUAUGAGGAAAGACAAUUAUAUUCCUUAAUCAUUUCACUGUUUUUAAUUUACAUCACCAAACUUUUUUUCUCUAAUUUUUAAUGAGAUGUGUGAUGUUUAGUAAUUGUGCUUUGAUUUGUUCUUGUUAUGAUUGCUAAAAGUACGUUAAUUAGUAGUAUCUGACUUUUAUUUCUUUUCA